UUUUUUUUCCUCCUCUUCUUUCUCUCUGUUACAUUUUAUUUUAAAUUAUCUACUACUGUGUUUUUUUUUAUUUGCAAGUAAAUGAACCAAGGACAGCAACAACAACCACAGACACAGCCACAAAAUUAUGGAAUUACACCUCCUAUUUCCACAGAUCCUCCUACUGAACAGCAACUUAAAUUGACUGAUGAGUUAAUACAAACACUUCGUGAUUAUGGUUUAUUUGAAAGUGAACAAGAAGCACAAAAAAGAGUAGUAGUAUUAGGGAAAUUAGAUAAAAUAGUUAAAGAAUUUGUUUAUAAAGUUAGUAAAUUAAAAGGUUUCCCAGAUUCACUUGCAAGAGAAGCAGGUGGAAAGAUUUUUACUUAUGGUAGUUAUAGACUUGGUGUCCAUGGUGCAGGCGCUGAUAUCGAUACAUUAUGUGUAUUCCCAAAACAUGUGGAAAGAGAACAUUUUUUUACAAUUAUGUAUGAUAUGCUAAAAGCAAGAUCAGAAGUGACUGAAAUCGCAGCUGUUCCAGAUGCUUACGUUCCAGUUAUUAAAAUGCACUUCUCUGGCAUUCCUAUUGAUUUCAUCUGUGCCCGAUUAGCCAUUGCACGAGUUCCUGAUGACUUAGAAUUAGCAGACAAUAAUAUUCUCAAAAGUUUAGAUGAACGUUGCGUACGUAGUUUGAACGGUUCUCGAGUAACAGAUGAUAUUUUGCGUCUUGUUCCCAAUGUUAAUACAUUCAGAAUUGCACUUCGAACAAUUAAAUUAUGGGCUAAAAGUCGCUGCAUCUAUAGUAAUGUGAUGGGUUUUUUAGGUGGUGUUGCUUGGGCCAUGUUAAUUGCACGUAUUUGUCAACUUUAUCCUAAUGCUUGUGCUGCAUACAUUGUGAAUAGAUUUUUUUUCAUCAUGUCAAGAUGGAGAUGGCCUCAGCCCGUCUUACUUCGUCACUUAGAAGAUGGUCCACUUCAAGUUCGUGUAUGGAAUCCAAAGCUUUAUCCAGCAGAUAGGAGCCAUCGUAUGCCAAUCAUUACACCUGCUUAUCCAUCAAUGUGUGCUACACAUAAUGUAACAGAUUCAACUAGACACAUCAUGAUGAACGAAUUUAAAUUGGGUGUUGAAAUAACAAAUAAAAUAUUCGAAGGACAAGCAAAAUGGAAAGAUUUAUUUACAAAAAGUAACUUCUUUAAUGCGUACAAACACUAUUUACAAAUUACAUCCUCAUCAGAGUCAGCAGAAUCACAAUUAACUUGGUCUGGUUUAGUAGAGGCUAAAUUACGUCAAUUAGUAUUAAAGAUGGAAUUAGUUGACAUGAUUACUUUGGCACAUCCUUAUGUUAAAGGCGUUGAUAAGAUUCAUUAUUGCUUGACAGCUGAUGAAAUAGCUGAUGUAAUUAAGGGAGGUACAAUUCAAAGUCGUUCUUUUACUGUAGAAGAAGGCAGUUUAGAAACAGAUCAUACAAAUCUCUUGAAGGAGCAAGGAAUAAUAACUAAUGAAAAUGAAAAUGAUGUGAAGAGACUAUUUACAACUACUUUUUAUAUUGGUUUUGAAACUGCCCCUAAAAUUGCUGGUGAGAGCAGAAAAUUAAAUCUUGUAUGGCCAGUUCAAGAAUUUACAAAGCUUGUUAAAUCUUGGGAUAAAUAUGACGAAAACCAAAUGAAGAUUACUAUUCAGAGUAUUAAAGGAUCCAAGCUACCAGUUGAACUAACAGGUGAAAAGAAAUCAAAGAGAUCUUUAGAUGAGACUGAAACAUCUGUAAAAAAACCUCGUAUCGAAAGUAAUGGUAUUAAUUCAAAAAAAGAACUUUUAACUCCAUCAGCUGCUGCUACUCUUAUACAACAGCAAGAUGUUUUAGCUCCUCCUUCUUCCAAGUCUUCUACUGCUACUGAAAUAUCGAUUACUAAUCCCACACCUAAUAUUCCUACUAUGACAGAUGCAAGUAAUGUAGCAGAUAAAACUGCUACAACAGACGAAACAAAUACAAAUAAUGAUACUAAUGCUACGAAUACUAUUGCUGUCGAAUAGAUAGAAUAUAUGUGUGUAUAUGCCAUAUAUUAACAAUAUUACUAACUCUUUUCUCUUAUUAAUAUGUAAUGACAAAAUAUUUAAAUAUAAUAUAGGGAAAAAAUAUGUUUUAGUAUUAUAUAAUAAUUUUGUGUUAAUAAAUAAAAUCAAAAAAGGUUUGUCUGUUUAGACAUCCUUUUUUACUAAAUAAAGCCCUCCUUUUUUUUUUUUUUUUUUUUUUU